AUGGCUAACUUGAGGGCGGAGGUGAAAGAAUACUGCACCAUUGAUGUUUCUAAUGGUAACUUCUUUACCAUGAACGACGAUCAGAACGAUACGGGAGUCAUUAUCUCCCUGCCGGAUUAUUAUGAUUAUCAUCCCGAGUCGUCAUCAUAUUCCUUUAAUAUGGAGUUGGAGCACGACAGUGGUGGUAGUAACGACGUUAGUAACUUAAAAGAAUCAGGAAUGGAACAAGAAGAAGAAGACGAUGCCGGCGAUGAAGAUUCUCAUUCUGUACAAACAGAUGUGGUGGAUGAGAAGAAGGGAAAAGACAAAUUCAACGUGGAGUGUUUGAGCUACGAGCUGCAAGUUGGCUAUCGCAUUCUGAGUAAUAUGAUGAGUGCUGGGAACAGAUGCAUCAACAAACUGUUUCUCUACCCAGUCGAUGACACAUUCCCUGAAACUGCAGAUUAUUAUGAGAAAAUCAAAGAACCAAUGUGGAUGUUCAAAAUGAAAGAAAAGUUUGAGAAGCAGGAAUACAGAGAUGUGACAGAGUUUAUGACAGACUUCCGAUUGAUGAUUGAGAAUUGCUAUCGAUUUAAUGGGCCAGACCAUUUUGUGUCAAAGAAAGCCCAGAAACUGGAGACGAUGAUGAAGCAGAAAGUUGCAUUGUUAAAAAAGGAUUUACGUGACAAAAUUGCGGGAGCUGCAGCAAGUGCGGAAGAUGAUAUUUUAGCAUCAGCUGGUCUUAGAAGACGAGUGAGAAAUCCCAACGUUUCACAUGAUGAUCCCUCACAGCAGCUGCUGUGCCAGCUACGUCGCGACCGCGAGAUAAAGGAGAGAGUCGACAGGCGACAAAAGGUGGAGGACAGAAGGGCAAUGGAACAUGCAAGGAUUCAGGAGAUGCAGACUUGGGAGGAUACUUUGCUGGGUCCACAAGUGAAAGAUCAAAUAAAGACCAUGUGGGAGCUGCCCCAGAUUGGUCUGUUUGUGUACUUGUGUAUGGAGAGCCUCGGACUGGAGGAGGAAGUAACGCAAUAUCAGAUCGAGAGAGGCCUUGCCGUUCCCAGGGAGUGUUCUGAUUUUAGAAGACUAAUGACGUGCCUUUUAUCAACUCCGCAUCAGCGGAAAAGCCUGAAGAGCUUUAUGCCCUAUCACAUAUGGAACUCCAAGCUGUCCAAGAAACUAGAUCACUUCUACAAAGUGCUUUCAGAAAAAAAUGGGAACCAAGCUCAGACUUGUUAUUUCCUGGGUCUUGAUACUAGAGCCUUUAAAGUAAUGGGAAAACGCAACCCGUUACUGAAGAAGCAGUUUCACCAGUUGAGUUACUUGAAGCGAGUUUGGAUUCUGAAAAAUUUCUGUGAUUAUUGUAUGGAGACACAGCCAGCCUUACAAAAAACUAUCGAUGAUGCCGAAACACAGCGCCCUAAUGAUGUUCGGGAGGUGCUGCUUGGUUCGGAUGCCAAGGGAAACCGCUACAUCAACUUCCCAAUGUUUACAGGCAAAGACAUUCGCAUUUACAAACACCCCAAGCACCCAGAACCCAGCCUAGAGUCGCUGAGUAUGGAGGACUGGUCCCUGGAGCCUGACAAGAUUUCAGCAACCUCGUCAAGAUGUUCCACACCUGUGAACCGCAAAAAUAGCCGAGCAGCGGAAACUCCGUCAGCGUCUCUGAGAGCCAGAGUUCUUCUACAGGCAGCUGAGUCGGUAGAAGCAUCACCCGCAAGAGAUAUAUCUAGAUCAGGGUCUGAGGCCCCAGAUUCGAACUCAUCUCCAGCUGGUGGAAAGGCCCUGUCAGCACAACCCACAGACACCCCUAUAAAUGGGGCGAGGACAAAACAGACCAGCUCCACGCGAAAACGCAAACAUUCAAGUAUGUUCUUCAACAAGCGGAAGCGCUUGAAGACUAAUAAGAAGAAUGAGUCUGAGAGUAAAAGUGACCCUGAAAGAUCCGACACAGCAGAAGGCGCCAAAGAUGAGGUGUCCGGUGGUCUUUCAGCUCAGAGUUUAAAAUCAAGUGAAGGCAGCGGUACCAGUGAAAGUGCAUCCUGUGAUAAAUUAGCAAACAUUAACAGCAGCGAGCUUGACAGUCCAGAUAAAUCCGUUGGCUACCUGUCGGCAGAUAUUUGCAGAGAAGACAUUAACACGCCAACAAAGCAUUCCACAAGUUCUGAUAACUUAUCAGCAGUCGCAGCUUCAUCUUCAGGCACCCUUUCUGCAUUGAAAGAUUCUGAAAGGGGCCUUGCUGAAGGAUCACCUCAGGGUUGUAAUGUUACUUCAAGUGGGCAGCAGGGAUGUUCUGAAGCUGAUGGUGUUAAUUGUGUGGGAACUAAAACAAUGGAUGUGAUAAAACCGGAAUGUAAUGGCAACCAUGAUGAUUCCUCUCUAGCGGACUGUGUUAAACAUGCUGAUGGGUCAUCUCCAGAGAAUGGAGUUGACACUAUCAAAAUUGAAAAGGAUUUGAGGCCGGACAGUGGAGGAAAAACCUGUGGCUCGGUAACUCCAGUGAAGCAAGAGCUACCUCACAUUGAUGAAAAAGGCUUCUCAGCUUUGCAGUCAAAUAUAAAACAGGAAUAUGGUGAUAAAAACGGCGGUAAAUUAAGACAAGAGCUGAUUGACAACAAAAGUAAUUCAGAAUGUGACUCAGGAUGUGGUGAAAUAAAAAAUGGCAAGUUUCAACAGAAUAAUUCCAGUAAACUGAAAUCAGAAGGGCAUGAUGGGUUGGUGUGUGAUUCAAAGAAGGACAAAGAUUGCUUAGAAAUAAAGACUGAACCCAUACAUGAGGAGACAGUGGUGGAAACAAAAAUAGAGGAUGCAGAAAAAGAGGAGGAGGACAGUGAUGAAGAAGACCUGCCAGAUCUGGGUGAAAUUGAGCUAGUGGCUGAAAACAUGGAAGAAAUCAGGGAGCUGAUCAAGAAACUCUCUAAUCCAGAUCCUGUCAAGAAAGGAAGGAAGGUCAUUCCAGGAGUGAUGAAACCUUGUGAGGAGGAAUUAGUGGUGGAAAUCACCAGGUUCCAUGAUGAGCUGGCCAAGUACGAGAGGAGUUUGGUCAAUGCCAGGAUUGGUAUGCAGGCCAAGCUGCGCAAGGAGGUGGAGGGUUAUGUGGAACCAAAGAUGGAAGAAGCUAAAGCAUGGGAAAGUGAAUGUUCCCAGAGCAGUAGUGAUGAGAGCGAGGAAGAAACAGUGAGUAAACCAGAAACAAACAAGCCACCAAAGAAGACCAAACAGAAAUCUGCAACUACGGCCCUUUUGUCAUCUGCUGCCUCGAAACUGAGCUCCAUGACCGGAGAAGAAAAUGGUGACAGCAACGACAGUUUUGAGCUGGACAUUAGCUCCCGGGGGCGUCUGAGGAAGCGUCGAGUCAUUCCAAAUAACACAGAAGACACUGGGUUGAAGAAGAGAAAGAACUUACCGAACCAGGAUGCCUUCUUUUCUGUCUCGCCAGCAACAGUUGCCAGCACUACAACAUUGAUCUCAAACCAGGGGACUUUGACUUCGAGUGGGAUGCAUCCGCUGGCUAAUCAGUUGCCUGCUGCAGCUGCCUCAGACUGUACUAUCAAAGCUCAGUUAGCAUCUCACACACCAAAGGCACCAGGACAAAUUGUUCGCCUCAUAGCACCUGGUAGUGUUGCUGGUUUACACGGUGUACAUCUUGACAAUGUAUCUUCUCGGAACUUGCAAAACAUCCAUUUUAUCUCCAGCGUGAAGUCUGCUCAGGCUUCAAAGAAUACGAUUCUUGCGUCAUCUGCUCAGACGUCACACCCUGUUAUUCAACAGCUGCUGUUGAAUCAGGCAAAACCAACUGCAGGUUCUGUUGUGACCACCAAAGCCUCAAAUGAUGCAUCCAGGAUUCUGCAGAGGCAUCUCUCUGGGAUAUCUGAAGGUAGCAAGACUUCUGCUGAAGUGUCCUCUGGGAAGAUUCCUAUAGGUAUAAGUAUGACAUCAGUGAACUCUCUCUCGCCAUCUAAAGCAUCCUUAUUUCUGGCUCCUAGUUCUGCAGCAGUGGUGGUCACUCAGGUGUCCACUUCAGUCUCCCAAGGAGGAAAACAAGUGUUGGAUCUUGGUAGUCUUUCGGUCACACAGCUGGAGCAGUUGGUGAAGAACCAAGCUAUUCAGAUCAACACCAGUGCAGGUGGGACGACAACCUUAUUGUUGACAACAGGACUACAGCAUCUGACCGCAGCUCGUGCUUCAGGAGCUUCAGUUAUUCAAGCGGCGGCAGCUGGAGCUAGAGCAUCAGUAGAACCAUCCAUGUUUGCCCACAGCACAGGAGCCCCUGGCAUGUCCUCUUUGUUAACAAUGAUAAAAAAGCCACAGAUGGCGCUCACAGGCAAACCUAACUCUUGGCUGACAAUCCCUACGCAGAUUCCAGCUCAAACUGCCAGAACGUCCGCAUCCACCAAUCCACAUCCUGUGGGCAGAACAAACCAUCAAGGCGUCUCAUCUGCUCAGGUACAUGUCAACCAGGGUCUCAGCAAUGCAGCUCUUCAGACGGCACUGGCAAGAACAGUUACCUUAGCAUCACCUACUCCUGGCACCAUUCUCAUGACCCCUGCUCAGUUUGCAUCAGUGGCUAAAACCAUUAACAGCUCGACCUAUUUAAAUAGUCUGACCUCAACAUCGACACAAAAAUCUAUCCUAGCUCCCAGAAUCAUCAGUUCCCUGGCAUCUGCUGGAUCGCAGCGGGUUGCACUUGGAGCAGGUGGCUCCAUAGUGCUUCAGAAGCCUGUAUCAGCAAGUACUUUUUCUGCAAAUGGCAGCAGCUCUGUGACAGUGAGCCCUGAAACAUUGAAAUCCAGGGUCAUUACUGUGCCUCUUGUGCAUUUGUCACCUUCCAAGAAGUAUGCAGGUAAUGUUACAGUGAAAACACUGAUCCAGAACCGGGGCAACGGAAGAAGUGGCGAUGAAGAGGGCAGUCUGGCUGCAGCUGGCGAACCUCAGCCGUGUUUAGGUUCUGGUGAUUUUGAUCCAGAUUCCCUGUUUGCUGGAGUAUCAUGUGAGAGUGGAACAGCGGGUGGUGCUUUGGUAGAAAAUUCAUUGGAGAAUCAGAGUGAGGGGUCAAACUAUGUGUCGUCAACAACUCUUGGAGCUUUCCAGACACACACAUAUUCUGGGAAUGAAUUAUAUAGCUCCCACGAAUUUGGUCAGGUUAACAACACCGGCACAGCAAAACUACAACAGCCAUUUGUCAUGCCUUUGUCCCGUCAACUUUGGGUGGACACUGCUGCCCAGUCUUCUACUUCAGCUUCUGUUUCCCAUUCAGAAAUUAUCCUGCCCACUGUAAACAUCAAGGUUCCUUCUCCAAACACACUUCCUUCUGUGCAGCAUAACAAAAAUGGAACCACCAUCGUACAGUCGACAAAAGUGCCUAUUCCUGUAGCAUCUGAGGUCAGAACUGGAGACAGCUUGAGUCCUUCAGGAGUCCUGGUUGGGGAGAACACCCCUCAGGGUGCUGCUUUUCAUGCUGCCCAGUUGGCUAGAAGGGCCCAACCUGCAGGCAGUAAUUUGGUUCUCAUGUCUGCAGCAAACAGCAAAUUUGCCACUCCUGUCUCUGGUGAUGUUCUAAAACUACCGGCUGGUUUAAAGAAUGUGACACUGAAGAUAACUCCACAGGGAGGCAGUGCAGGACAGUUUGUUCAAGGCUUCAUGACCUCACAGGGCUUGGUCAUCCCACAGACUGCCCUCCUUCAGCCACACCUCCAGAGUGGAAGUGUGAUUCUUGGCAGCACUGUUGAGCCCAGGGCUGUAACUCAGCUGAAUACAAAUCAAGUGAAGAUCCAGCCGUCAUCAAUGCUGACAAUAAACAGUCCACAGAAUAUCCAGAACCUUGUCGGACAGCAUGGUCAAGCAGUUAAUCAGCAGCUUCAGCAUCCGCAGCUAACUUCACAGAAAGUUAUAGCUGUAGCAAAUAAUUCUUUGUGCUCAACAGGGAAGGUCCAGGGUGGAAUUCUCAGUCAGAACCCAAACCCUGGCUUAAAAAUCAUGCUUGUGAACACACCUACAGCAACAGUCAGCAGCACUACAAGUAGCACUGGCAGUUUGAAUGUUCCAGGGCACCAGCAGCAGAAGUCCAUCACCGCACCAGCCUCAGAGUUGGUGAAGCAGAUAGCAAACAGCUCCCAGGUUCAGAGGAACUCCAAUCACCAGGUGAGUCUGCAUGCCCUCAGUCCUGGAAAUGGCCAACAGAAUGCUGCCUAUCUUCUGAACAGUAUUAUGCAAGGCUCAGUUUUGAAGCAGACAAGUAAUGGCUCAGCCCUAUCGGGCACCUCACCUGCAUCUCAAACCAUGAACUCCUCUGCAACUGUCAACCCUCAGCUGACGGCCCAGGUCUUGGCUUUGCAGCAAAACAGUCAGGUAUCCCAGCAAUACAAGCCAAACUUAGUUCUUGCUGCCAAACCUGUCCAGAGUUCUGUCUCAUCCUCUCAGAACAAGCCUCCGGUCAUUUCUUUUCAAGUUCAGCAACUAGGGCAGUUGAUUUCUAAUCUUGGCGGGGUAAGCAAGAUUCAGAUGGAUCGAAUCCAUCAUGUACAGAAUCCUCAAGUGGUGUCUGUCCAGAAACAAGUAGCCCCAACAUUGGGCCAGUCUAAUCAGGUGAUUCAGCCUGCCUCAGGGGUUCCUAACUCGUCACAGGUUGUCCGGGUCGCAGGUCAGUUGAGUCCUCAGCUGCAGCUCCAGAAUCAAGGACUCGCACAGAUUCAACCACAGGGUAAUGUGGUCAUUCAGCAGCAGGCUCUGCUCCCGCAGCAGCAGUCUCAGAGCUUCAUAAUACAACAGCCUAGUCUUUCCCAGUCAGUUCUUGGCUCAAACAGUGUCAACAUACAGCUGAAUGCUGCUCAGCCUCAGAUAAAUGCAAUUCAGCAGCAGUUGUCCAAGACUCUUCAACAGCCUGCGACCUGCCUGCAGUCCAGUGUGGCCAACAAAGUUCACUUUACUGGCAGCCAUAUUCUCAACCAGCAACUUCUUGGAAUGUCUCAUAAUCCAGGUUUGGUCUUCUCUCACCUGCAGGCCUCCACAGCAUCUACAGCCUCAGGUGUUGGUAGCCAGCCACAGAUUCAGUUUGUUAUCAAUCCUUCAAGCACAUCCAACCCAUCUCUUUCAGUCAGUAACUCAUCAGUGAUGUCAUCUUCCAGCAUGUUGCAGGUGAGCUCCUCUGCGAGUACAGGUCUCAUACGAACAGAAUCUGCAGUUACUUCCUCAGGCAUGAACACUCAUGGCACCAGCAUUUCAGGAGUUCCACACCUCCUGUCACCCCCAAGUAGUUUAAGCCAUGCCGUGAUUGUGGGAACUUCACCUGUCAGUGGUACCACCACGUCGACUGCCAGCAAGCUGAGAACACACAUGAUAAUCCCGAGCUCUGCUGCUGGUAAAUUUCUGAUAUCUCCAGUCAAAAUGUCCCUCCACAAUCCACACGCUAGCCCUGUCAAUCCUAUCAAGUACGUUAGCGCUGUCCAGACCCAGAACCCCAGCUCGGUCUGCGGUCUGACCUCCAGCCUGGCCACAAGUACUGGUCAUCUGCCUAGCACAUCUGUAGCAGAGGGACAGGGUCAUUUACCUGUCCGACCGGGGGUAAUAUAUGCCGGUCACCAAGCCACAGUUGCUGAUAAAAAGGAAGGAAAGAUUGCACAGAUUCUUCUAAGCCAGCCAGUUGUAUCGAUGCAGUCUUCAAACAAUCCUCAAUCACACAUCGUUGGCAAUCAUUACAUGCCCGCUUCGGUGGUGAAGUUACAAACAGGGGCUUCAGGUGUGCUCUCAAGUCUAGGUACUGACCAGGGGGCAGCACUGCAUAGCUCAAAGACAUUACUGUAUAAAAUAGGGGAUCAGUAUUUCACCAGCCUUCAGCAUCUGGUUCCUCAGACAGCCCUGACCACGUCGGACAGCACCAGCACUGCCUCAAACCAGGGUGUUCAGCUUCUGGUUCCACCAUCAUUCAUAGAAGCAUCUGAUCAGAUCCUGAAGCAGAGCAGCAAGUCAGCAACAUCACAGACAGCCUUCACAGCAUCGGGUAGCAGCAGCAGCAGCAUUAUUGGUAAUUCACUGCAGAGCACACAGCAUGGAGUUCGGAUGCUCCCAGCUGGAAGGGAGGGUUCAACAACCGAUGUAGUUAACCAGAUGGCAGUUCCAUUGAAUGGAAUAUAUCAAAACAAACCCCAGUUUUCCUUUUCCUUGUCUGGACCAGUUCCCUUGGCUAGGUCAGACCGUGUGCUGGACAGCUCUGUUAUUGUGGGCUCCCAGAUACAGUCUACUAAUCAGUCUGAUGGCAGCUUUCAGUCACAAAUGCACGGAGCUAUGUCGUAUCCUCAGAGCCUGCAUGUGGCAAAUUCUGACAUCUUAUCAACCACCGGCCCUAUAGAUAAAGUCACGUCCAGGAGAAACACAUUCAGCGGGGGCCAGGAUGUCGACCAGAAGGGAGCUUUGCCUCAGAGGCAUGUAUCGGCAGAUGAUGCGGCAGGGACCUUGGACGACCAAGAUGAGAAGGAAGCAGCAUUGAAUCUUCUUACGUUGGCCAACCAGCCAAUCUGA